AUGCUGUCCCCUCAGAGAGCUCUACUCUGCAACCUCAACCACAUCCACCUCCAGCACGUCUCCCUGGGCCUGCACUUGUCCCGCCGUCCUGAGCUACGGGAGGGGCCCUUGAGCACACCCCCUCUCCCAGGAGACACUGGGGGCAAGGAGAGCAGGGGUCCCUGCAGUGGCACCUUGGUGGACGCCAAUUCCAACAGCCCAGCUGUGCCCUGCCGGUGCUGCCAAGAGAACGGUCCAGGCCUAGAAAACCGGCAAGACCCGUCACAGGAGGAAGAGGGGGCUGCCUCUCCCUCAGACCCAGGCUGCUCCUCCUCGCUCAGCUCCUGCUCAGAUCUUAGCCCAGAUGAGUCCCCUGUCUCUGUCUACUUGCGGGACCUCCCUGGUGAUGAGGAUGCCCACCCUCAGCCCAGUAUCAUCCCCCUGGAGCAGGGCUCCCCACUGGCUUCAGCAGGCCCUGGCACCUGCUCACCGGACAGCUUCUGCUGCUCUCCUGAUUCCUGCUCCGGAUCUGCUUCUUCACCCGACCCUGGCCUGGAUUCGAACUGCAAUGCCCUGACCACCUGCCAGGACCUCCCUUCCCCAGGCUUGGAGGAAGAAGACGAGAGCGCGGAGCAGGAUCUCCCUACCUCGGAGCUCUUAGAGGUGGAUGAUGGAAAAAUCGACGCUGGGAAAACGGAGCCCAGUUGGAAGAUUAACCCCAUUUGGAAAAUUGACACAGAGAAAACUAAAGCUGACUGUAAAAUCACUGAAAACAAUAACACUGGUUGGAAAAACAACGGGAAUGUUAACUCUAGCUGGAAAAGUGAACCUGAAAAAAUCGACUCUGGUUGGAAAAACAACACAAUAACUGAUUCUGGCUCGAAAACAGAUGCAGGGAAAAUUGAUGGAGGAUGGAGAAGUGACGUCAGCGAGGAGCCGGUGCCCCACCGGACAAUCACGUCCUUCCACGAGCUGGCCCAGAAGCGCAAGCGGGGCCCAGGGCUGCCCCUCGUCCCGCAGGCCAAGAAAGAUCGCAGUGACUGGCUCAUAGUCUUCUCGCCCGACACUGAGCUGCCCCCGUCGGGGUCGCUGGGCGGCUCCUCUGGACCUCCUCGGGAAGUCACCACCUUCAAGGAACUCCGGUCCCGAAGCCGAGCCCCACCCCCGCCAGUCCCGCCUCGAGACCCCCCAGCUGGCUGGGCUUUGGUCCCGCCCCGGCCCCCACCCCCACCUGUCCCUCCCCGAAGAAAGAAGAACCGACCAGGACUGCAGCCCAUAGCGGAAGGGCAGUCCGAGGAGAGCCGGGCUGUCAGCCCCGCGGCUGGUGAGGAGGCCCCAGCCGCGAAGGAGCAGAAGGAGCCGGGCGCGCAGGCCGGCCUGGAGGCCGGUCCCCUCCUGCUCCCUCGGCCCCUGGUUUUCCGGUUCUCGGCCGACGGGCGCCCCCUGUUGGAGGGUGGGGGCGCGGGCGCAGCUGGGUCUCUGCUCCUGGCGCCUCUGGCCGGGUGGCCCGGCGCCGGGCUGCGGCUGCUGGGGGCGCCGACCCCCCCAGAGGAACAGCUGCUGCCGGUCCGCCUGUCCCCAGUGGGAGCCUAUUCGCCUCCGACUCGGGGAGCCUUGCCCUGCCUGGCCAGCCCCGAGCUGGCACUGCUGCUGUCCCCGCUCUUUCCCAGAAGUAGCACCUUCCCCGCCGCGGCUCCCCCACCCCGCCAGGUACCCGCCCCCCCGCUGCCACCGCAACCUCGUCCGCCGAAGGCCCCUCGCUGGACCAGGAGCCCAUCGCCUCAGCCCAGGCUACUCCGUAGUUCGUGGUCGUUCGCCGGUGUCCCCGGGGCCCAGCGGCUGUGGAUGGCAGAAGCCCAGAGUGGGACUGGUCAGCUGCAGGAGCAGAAGAAAGGUCUUCUGAUAGCUGUUAGCGCCUCGGUGGAUAAAAUCAUCUCGCAUUUCGGGGCCGCCCGGAAUUUGGUGCAGAAGGCCCAGUUGGGUGAUAGCCGGCUGAGCCCGGAUGUGGGGCAUCUGGUGCUGACCACCCUCUGCCCGGCCCUCCACGCCCUGGUGGCGGACGGGCUGAAGCCUUUCCGGAAGGACCUUAUCACCGGGCAGCGCAGGAGCAGCCCCUGGAGCGUGGUGGAGGCGUCGGUGAAGCCAGGCUCCAGCACCCGCUCCCUCGGAACCCUGUAUAGCCAGGUCAGCCGUCUAGCUCCGCUGAGCAGCAGCCGUAGCCGCUUCCAUGCCUUUAUCCUGGGCCUCCUCAACACCAAGCAGUUGGAGCUGUGGUUUUCCAGCCUCCAGGAAGAUGCAGGCCUGCUCUCCCUCCUGUACCUGCCCACAGGAUUCUUCUCCCUGGCCCGCGGUGGCUGUCCCUCCCUGUCCACAGAGCUGCUACUCCUGCUGCAGCCAUUGUCGGUGCUCACCUUCCACCUGGACCUGCUCUUUGAGCACCACCACCACCUGCCCCUGGGCCCGCCUCAGGCCCCUGCCCCUCCAGGCCCACCUCCAGCUCUGCAGCAGACUAUGCAAGCCGUGCUGCAUCUGGGUGGGCGGCUGGCCCAGAGCCUUCGGGGGACUUCCAAGGAGGCUGCUCCAGACCCCUCAGACUCCCCAAACCUUCCCACACCAGGGAGCUGGUGGGAGCAGUUGACCCAGGCCUCCCGGGUCUAUGCCUCUGGGGGCACUGAGGGCUUCCCUUUUUCCCGAUGGGCACCCGGGCGUCAUGGGACUGGAGCUGAAGAAGGUGCACGGGAGAGACCCCUGCCCACAGAGGAAACGGCACCAGGCAGGGGCCUUUGGCUGGGAAGGCUAUUUGGAGUGCCUGGGGGCACCGCAGAAAAUGAGAGUGGAGCCCUCAAGUCCAGGAGACCAUCUAGCUGGCUGCCCCCAACAGUGAGCAUGUUGGCUCUUGUGAAGCGGGGGGCACCUCCCGAGACGCCUUCUCCUCAGGAGCUUGAGGUCUCAGCACCCAGGGUGGUGCCAACCCAUAGGGCAGUUCGGGCUCUCUGUGACCACACAGCUGCAAGACCUGACCAGUUGAGCUUCCGGCGUGGGGAAGUGCUGCGUGUCAUCACCACAGUGGAUGAGGAUUGGCUCCGCUGUGGGCGGGAUGGCGUGGAGGGUCUGGUGCCUGUGGGGUAUACCUCCCUUGUUCUGUAGCCCUGGGACCCUUUUCUGCAUAUGUGUCUCCCUCCUGGUGUUCACUGGGAAUGGCCAGUGAACACCAUCCCAGAAGCAUUUUCCCUGUCUGCAAAAUGACAUUUCUUCCCACAUCUGUUUCUGCUAAUAUUUAAAAUAAACAUUCCUUCUUCCCUCCUAUGCCCACCUGUAAGGUGAAAUCUGCUCUUCUUCCAAAUAUAUAAAAAGGGAAUUGCCUUCCAUGCAAUCCCUUUCCUUUUUCCCAUCUGUAUAAGGGAAUGUCUUCCUUCCUAUCUGCAAAAUGGAAAUCUAGACCUCCUUCUUCAUCCGUAAGUGGACUGUGCCAGUACAAUACAUGCCUCAGCCUCAGCCCCCGAGCCUAGAAGGACCUCACUCCUUCCUGUGUAUGGAGUCUUCCCCACUUCGCCCCUCCCACACUGCCUGUGUUGAUAAUGUACUCACCAUGUACUAGGUGCUGAAGCCUGGACACCCCUGGUGGGUGGGCCUGUGGUGAUGGUCUGCACCCUUCCUCCUUUGUCCCAAUAAAGUAUGGGAGAUGAA